AUGUAUUAUUUUUCCGCCCUGUGCGGAAAACAAACUAAGAAAGGUUAUGAUAAAUUUGAAUAUGUCGUGUAUCCUCCAUUGGAGUUGUUCGACUUCAAAAUAUUCUUUGCAAAAGAAUCGUUCAAUACAGAAACGUUGACAAAUUUGCAUAAUUUUUGUGCCAAGUCGCUGGCAAGUCUCGCCAAGCGCCUGGCCCCCUGCCCCCAUGUAGAUGACCCUCCCAAGGCGGUCACCGAAGGGGACGCUCCCCACGCGGUCGCCGAAGGGGACGCUUCCCAGGUGGUUGCCGGAGGGGACACUCCCCAGGCCGUCGCCGAAGAGGACGCUCCCCAGUCCGUCGCCGAAGGGGACGCUCUCCAGGCCGUCGCCGAAGGGGACGCUUCCCAGGCCGUCGCCGAAGGGGAUGCUUCCCAGGCCGUCGCUGAAGGGGACGCUUCCCAGGCCGUCGCUGAAGGGGACACCCCACAGGUCGCUGAAGGGGACGCCCCCCAGGACGUCGCCGAAGGAGACGCCUCCCAGGCCGUCGCCGAGAACGUCCUCCAGGCCGUCGCCGAAGGAGACGCCUCCCAGGCCGUCGUCGAGGACGUCCUCCAGGCAGUCGCCGAAGAGGACGUCGCCGAAGAGGACGCUCCCCAGGCUGUCACCGAAGUGGACGCUCCCCAGGAGGUCACCGAAGGGGACGCUCCCCAGGCGGUCACCGAAGUGGACGCUCCCCAGGAGGCGGUCACCGAAGGGGACGCUCCCCAGGCGGUCACCGAAGGGGACGCUACCCAGGCGGUCACCGAAGGGAACGCUCCCCAGGCGGUCACCGAAGGGGACGCAUCCCAGGCGGUCAACGAAGGGGACACUCCCCAGGCGGUCACCGAAGGAAAGCCCUGGUAUGCCCCUGUAGAGCUGCUGUCCAAGCCCUGGGCCAAUAAACCAACUCACUGUUAA